AUAUUCAACUGGGUCGGGAUGUGUCUUUUCAGUAAGAAUUCUGCCGUUUCCUGAUAUAUAAGCCUGGUCAACGCAUCAAGCAAAGCAAACAAGUCAGGAUAUCUCUCACCCAACUGCACAUCACAAGUCUUACUCAUAUUAUGAAGUACAUCAUCCUCGCAGCUUUAGCCACUACUGUGUUGGCGGAAUUUCAGCGAGGCAUCAGCAUAGUCGCCCCCACCGUCGGAACCAACGUCACCUCAGGCGUACCGUUCCUGGUAGAGGUCUUGAAGAACACGACUCUCAACCAAGAGGACGUUGGGCUCAAAAUCAACAUUGUUAGUUUCAUUGAUCGGGUCUCUCGACCGCUCUACAACGGCACUUUCAAUCCAACCUCGUCUAUUUCUUCCACUUCGAAGUUCCAGGAUUUCAUUGUUGUGCCACCAGACAUGCCAUCGGGUGGCGCGACGGUGACUGUAGGUCACUACUUCACCAUCAAGGAAGACACAGGCGUAAAGUUUGAAGUAGAUCAGGUGGAAGUGGAGGUGCACGGUCAUUAGAGGCGUUAGUGUUUGGUUUGUGCGGAGGGGAGGAGGAUGCAUCGAGUCGGCAGUUAGUAUAUCGAUCCAUACACCAGACGAUGAUGCUAUAUGAAUUGA